UUGGUCACUAAAAUCAUUCAGAAGGAAGAAGUGAAGAAUGGAGGAGAAGCAAAUGAGGAAGUUGUUGAUGAUGAUGAUGAUGAGGAGGAGGAGGACGAAGAGCCAAUUCCCACUGCUGCACAGACGAGAGCUGCACUCUACACUCUGCAACGCAGUCUACAGACAUCAGAUUUCACAAAAUUUGACGAUUUCUUGUGCCUGGAGAAGGCCAUCAAAGAGCACCUGCGAAAGGAACUUUCCAAGCAACUGAACAUGAAGACCCAGCGGAUGAACAAACUGGAGAAGGAGAAUGAGCAAAAGGCUAAUAAAUUACAAGAAAAUACAGACACGAUUGCUAGCCUUCGCGAUGAACUUGAUAGCCUAAGGCUGAACAAGGAACAGCUAGACGAGAAGGUUUCGGCACAGGAAAGGGAAUUACAGAAACUAAGAAAGACGGAGCUGGAAUUUGAAACCUUCAAACAUCAGGUAAUAAACAAUUCCCCUCCAGCAAGCACCCAACUGCCGGCGGAGAUUGAGACGCUUGUACAGCAAACCCCCAAGUCCCCUUUACUGUCUCAGAAGCUUACUCAUCUGAAUCUCCUAAAAACUCCACAAAAGACUCCUAAGGGCAUACUUAAGCAGCCCGGAUCGGAGUGCAAACGGCGCCGAGUACUUUUGGUUUCUCCUGAGCGGUCACCUUCACCACCUCCGAGGGUCGAGCCGGUUGAUUACGGCGUUAUUGAUUUGGAUAGUGAGCCAGAACCCCAAAGCAGGCCCAUCACACCAAGGAUUAGAAGGACACCGAUAGUGGGUGGAACAAUUUCUUCGCAAACAAGGAAUUUAAACGUGCGAAAAACGCCAGGAGCGAAAACCAAGGGCCCUGCAGAAGGUAAACGACGGCAGGAAGUGUCCGCGGAGGGCGCUAGUUGGUUUGAUUCCGAUCCCAUAUUCGGGUUGGCGAAUGAAGACUGA